AAGCCACAUCUCGCCAUUCUAGCUUCGCUCGUCACAAUUAGGAACUAGAAUCAAGACACGCAGUAAUCGUCCAUUUCUCUCGCGUAUUAAAGCUGUUUUUGGUGAAUAAGCCAGCCAACAAUCCUCUACCAGCGUUUUCUCCGCUAGUUAGCCAUGGCCGAUACGGAGCAGGGUUUCUCCGCUCCUCUCCGCAAAUACGUCCUUAGUCCAGUGGAGGAGGAAGAUCGCACCACUCUCCGCAACCGCUGGCUUCUAUCUCUCUGCCUCUCAACCCCCGACCAUCGUCUCGCGUCCGCGACCCCCCCUCCUCCUCCCAACCGUUUCUCCGCUGCGACGACUACCCAGUCGGGAAGCGACACUCCGUGCGACGGUAGGAGUCGCACGGAGAGCCUCGCAGAUCAAUCGCCCAUCUGCCCGAAGCGACUGUCUUUCUCAAUGCCGGGGGAGGAGCCGCUUUCGCCUAAAGCUCUCGACUGGGGCACGCGAGUCUGCUCAUCAGCCCCGGCAGCAGGCUUGUUGCCGAACCUACUCCACCAGCGCAUGCCGCAGGUUCGGUUUAUGGUUUCGAUAAUGGGCCUCGUCGUCACCGCGGCGUUCCUCUUCUCCGACGGAGUCGCCAGGGGAGAUGCGACGCAGCGCGGGUGGUGGGCGAAGGAUGCGAAAGCGUCGCCCGUCGCAGGGCUGCGUGAUGGUAACCCGCCAGACAGCCGGCGUAACGGCGGCGCGAGCGGCAAGUGGGACUGGGUGGACGGGGAGGGAGAAGCGGCUGAAUCGGACGUCAUGGAUGCAGCGGAGCUGCGCGUGCGCGAGGAGAUGGUCGCGCUAAAGUGGCUCAAGUUCCGAUCGGGUCAGCUGCAGCUGCACGUGCACUCUAGUAACGAGGUCGACAUCAGCUUCUGGGGUGACGUAUUCCAAACCGCAUUCGCGGAACUUUCGGGGCGGCAUGAAGCGGCGCGCAGGGCGGCGAUUCGGCGGAUUGCCCACCUGUCGACUCAGGCGUAUGACGUGGACCUGUCGGCUACAUUCCCCGUGUUUCGCCCGAAGUGGCGCUGGCAGACCGAGCCAAGCACCCAACAACAGUCGCAGCAGUCGCAGGAGUCGCAGUCACAGCUGUCACAGCAGUCGCAACAGUCGCAGUCACAGCUGUCACAGCAGUCGCAGCAGUCGCAGCAGUCGCAGCAGUCGCAGCAGUCGCAGCGAGGGAAUGUGGGGAAGCAGCAGAGCCCGUUGCGCGCCAAUCGCAGGGUUGAGCAGACGGGGAAAAGGCGGCAGGUGAAGGCCCCAGGGAAGCAGAACCGUCCAAGGCGCAACUAGUGCCUCCUCACGAGACUGACAUGUCCCCCCACAAGGCCGACGAGUAAACCGAGUCUACGAACACCGUUUGUGAUAGGCGUAGCUCUGUAGGUGUAGGUGUGUGCUAACGCCCUUUGCUUGCAGCCCUAGCUGCUCUACUGACAACAAGGCGCUUCUCUCGAGGGCCUGACUUCUCCCCAUC